CUGAGAAUCAUAUAAAUAUGCGACAAAAGUGUAGUUAGAGCAUCAUUUCCAUUUGGAUUCUACAGCUGGGUACCAGUUAAGAAGCUAGCAAAAAUGAAAUUCUUGUUGAUCUGCGCCCUCGUCGCCGCUGUUGCUGCUGAUGUCAGCCAUCUGCCCAGCAACCAGUAUCUGCCCCCAGUGCAUCACCAAGCAGCCGCUUCUUAUGCCGCUCCUAGCUACGAAGCUCCUGUGAGCUACACUGCCGCCGCUUCGGCUCCAGCUCCAGUUCACUACAGCGCCCCUGCUCCUGCUGUCCACUAUAGUGCUCCUGCUCCAGUCCAGCACUACAGCGCUCCAGCUCCUGCCGUCCACUACAGCGCUCCAGCUCCAGCCGUCCACUACAGCGCUCCUGCUCCAGUCCAUCACUACAGUGCUCCAGCUCCUGCAGUCCACUACAGCGCCCCCGCUCCAGCUGUCCACUACAGCGCUCCCGCUCCAGUCCAGCACUACGCCGCCGCUUCUGCCCCCGUUGAGACUUACAGCGCCCCCGCUGAGACCUAUGCUGAGUCUGCUUUUGAGAACUACGAGUCUGCUGCCAGCGAUGUCGCUCCUGCCCACUCCUUCUCCGCCAACGAUGGCUACCGUUACAAGACCCAACGUCGUGUUGUGCUCCGCCGCCAUCGUCGUGAUGUGAGCCAUCUGCCAUCCAGCGAAUAUCUGCCCCCAGUUGCUUCUGCUCCAUCCAGCGAAUACCUGCCACCAGUUGCUUCCGCUCCUGCUCCAGUCUACACACAAGCUGCUUCUGCUCCCGUGCAGACCUACUCUGCUCCCGUCCAGACCUACUCUGCUCCAGCUCAAUCCUACGCUCAAGAGAGCUAUGAGACCGCUUCCUCCAACGUUGCUCCAGCUCAUACCUUCUCGUCCAACGAUGGCUACCGCUACAAGACCCACAAGCGUCGCGUGCUCCGCCGUCACCGUUAAAAAACGGUUUACCAUUGAGGCUUCCACAGCAAUCCAGCAUAAUUCAAUCAAUUGUCUCCCUCGACAUUGAUUUGUAAUUUACAUGGUAUUUGUU